CAUGAAAAAGUAGGGUUAUGUUAAUAAUUUAAUCUGUAUAUUAUAUUUGAUAAUAUUGUGAAUAGAAUGUGAUUGUGCAUUCCCUAAAUUUGUUCUAUAAGUUUUUAUAAUUUGAACAGAUAGAACCACAAAAGAUGGGGAAAUUUAAAAUUGGAAUAAAGUUUGACAAAAAGUUUUUGAUCAGCUUAACCCAAAUAGAAAAUUCAGGUGUAGAAGUACAAAAUGUUAAACACCACUUAGCCUUACAUCCAAUUCACUUAAAUAAUUUUAAUAAAUCCAUCAGAGAUUUACUGAAUGAAGGAAUAGCGAAGUAUAACAAAAAUUUAAACGGAAUUCUGUUAGGCUAUAGUAAUAUAAAACUUCUCUCUAAUAUGGGCACAAUCAGCAAUGAUUCUCCUUAUAUACAUUAUGAUCUCAUGGCUGACUUUUAUGUUUUCAAGCCGGAAAAAGGUAAAAAAAUGCAAGGCAUAGUUAACAGGAAAAGUAAAGACCAUGUCGGCCUACUGGUAUAUAAUGCGUUUAAUGUAUCGCUACCAAAACCCAAGGACGAAGAAGAUUGGUUAGGUGAUACAGUUAAUAUAGGCUAUGAGGUUCUGUUUAAAAUAACUUACAUUGACGUAUCUUCAUACCUACUGUAUAUUAAAGGCGAACUUAUAUCAAUUGUAUCUAAAGCUGAUAUUGAAACGAGUAGUGCAAAAAUAAAGCCCUUAAAAAACAAAAAAAUUAUUUUUAAUGUAGAGGAAGGCGAUGAAGAACCUGUUUCUAAAAAGAGAAAAGUAGACUCGGAAGUCGAGGAAAAAGUUAAAAGUAAAAAGUCGAAGAAGAAGAAAGAAAAGCGAAAGGAAGAAGAGGGUACUUUAUUUGAAGAACUAAACAAUGCAAAUCACUCUGAAGAUGAUUUGAAGGCAGAUGUAGGUCAUAAAAAAAAGAAACGUAAAAAGAAGGAUUAAUUGCAUUAGUUAGAAUUUUUGGAAACUAUCGUUUUAAAAUUGUAGUGAUUUUUUUAUUUAUAUAUUUUUGUCUAUUUUUAUUUACACCAGUAUGUAAUUACAGUAAUAAAAAAACUAAUGCAAAGCCUGGAAAGCUGGCUGGUAUUUUUAUCUAUACAGGGUGUUUAUUAAGUACUUGUACAAAUUCCUUAGAAAGCCAGAACGGGAGGAAGGGAUUGACGAGAAUAAUCUUGCUUUUGGUAAUUUUGAGAAGAAAUUUUUUCCAACCACUGUGUAACGGGAUAAACUAAACUACCUUAAUUUUUUACAAAUAUUUAUUUACAAAAAAUAAAGAUCUGAAUCACAGCACCAUUUAGUAGAACAUCAGUGUUACAAAAAUACAUUUAACUAACUAUAUGACAUAUACUGAGUAUAUAAAGUAAAAUCUUAGGGCAUGCAAGUAUCUGAUGUAAAAAUUUAGAGAAUAUUUUUUAAAGGGGACAAAAAAAUUCAGAUAUUAGACUGUAAUGUAUUAUUUUUUGAAAAUUUGUUGAAAUUUCUGCCUGAGCAAUAAACAAUUUUACUAGUACACAACAAAUAUACCUCGAAAAAAAUUACGAUCGUUUACAUGCCUUUUUUUGUGCAAAAACAAAAUAGAAACGUGAGGUUCUGUGUACAUAAAUGGGAUCACAAUUUUAUACAAAAAGAUUAAGAUUAUCAGGGCAUAUACCGGAAUAUCGUAAAAUUUCAUAAAUCUGGAAAUAUUAAAAAACCUCUCUAUUUUUUAUGGAUUUUUUUUUUAAUUCCAAUUGUAAAUGGCUUUUAUUUCCUAGAUGCUACUCCUGGAUAUAAUUUUCUUUGUUGAAUAUUGACAA